AUGGCACUCGAGCCACCUCCUUCAAAGGACCAGUCAGCCAGUACAGGCGCGCAGGACAAUGGGGCGGCGCCCAGCGAGAGAAAUCAGGCCAGACAUUUCAGCUCUGAGAUCACACGACACUCCUGUCUGCUCAACCAGAGCCGGCUGGCUGGGUUUGGCCAGGACAAGAGGGCGAAACUGUCUGCGCGGCACAUUGACAAAAGAACAUGGGAAAUUGUACCUGUAAUUUCCCGUUGCGCUGGCGCGCAUGGGAUCAUGCACGUCGACAAUACCUUCACACUUGGCGGGACCAACAGGAUUCGCCAGGGUGCCCUGGACCCUCUCUCUGUCUUUCUCUUUCUUUCCCCAGCCGUGGCCAGGUCAUUGAUCCAAAGGCCCACGGGUCUUGGCGGUACCGACUGUGCCCCUCCUGCUGCCAAUUGGGCAUACGUUCUACAGAGCACAGCAUCGAGCAGUGUUCUGACUCUUCGCAAGACUCUCGACGACACAUUCAUUAUCUGGACCCACCGCUCAGGAGCACAGGACGAAGGCCGAAAGCAAUCACUUGGCACCAUCCACUUGACGGGCUUACAAGACGACAGCGACCAACGCGACAGCGCUACAUAUAUUCAUCGUGGAUUCCCUCGCGACAUAUUGCACUUCAAAUCCAUCGCCAUGCAGUUGACCAGCAUUUUAUCGGCAGCUCUCCUGCCCCUCCUCGCCCUUGCGCAGGACACCACCUCAGGGACGACAACCCUUACGCAAACCUCGACAAUGACAAAGACUAUCACUCUGGCCAGCAACACCGUGACCAUGACCGCUACGAAUAACUCGACCAGCGAGUCUACAAGCGUCACUCGUGCUUCCAGCAAGGCGACAGCGACAGCAUCGUCGUCGUCGUCCUCCGCAAAGUCCUCUUCAUCUGAGACUCCCGGCGUCAACGGCCUUGGAAACGGCGCCGCGUCACUUGGCUCCUCCCAUGUGGCUAUUGCCGGGGUGGCAGGCAUGCUCGUCGUUGCGCUGAUGUAA